CGUCCAUGAUACGCAGCGCUACCGCAGCGGAUUCCAGAGCUGGAGCUCGGGACGGGCCGCGGGAGAGAGACAGCCGCUCCCCUUUCGGUGCUUCUCUCGGCUUCAUCCCACACGGCAACUUGUGCCGGUGAAGUACAUACUCCCAAAAUGGAUCCCUCAGACUGAGACAUAAACACAUUUUGUGUUUUUCUCAGCUGCUGAAAUCUGUCAGCAUCAUAAGCCAUGCCUCAUGAUUAAGAGCACCUUUUUUUUUUUGCUUGAAGCAAUAAAAAACAAAAUAUCACUCAUGCCUCCCCAUGUAGAAACCCUUCAGUACAUUCUGCUGGAGUGACAGCCCCCUCUUCCAGAAAGGUUCUGCCUCAUCCUCUUGCCAGUCACUUCUCCACCUACCACUCUACAGUAAUUAUCCAUCACGAUGAUGCCCUGCCUGAAAAUGGCCAACACCUGAGGUCCCAUGCGUCCACUGAGCGCCGAUUCAGCCGGUCCUGCUCCUCCUGAAAACCUGUUUUUCCCCAAUCCCCUUGUGGGCCCCUUGCCUGCCUCGGAGAUGUCUCUGCUUCAGUCGCUGGGCCCAGUACAAAGCUGGCUCGGCCAGGAGCUUGAGAAGUGUGGGAUUGAUGCCAUGAUUUACACCCGCUACAUUCUCAGCCUUCUCCUGCAUGACAGUUAUGACUAUGAUCUGCAAGACCAGGAAAAUGACAUCUUCUUGGGAUGGGAGAAGGGAACUGGGAAGAAAUGGGGCAAAAGCAAGAAGAAAGGAGGGACCGACCUGAGUCUUGAGGAAAUGAAGAAGCAAGCAGCAGUACAGUGUCUUCGCUCUGCAUCUGAUGAAAAUUCUGGGAUUGAGAGUCUGGUUGAAGAACUUUGCUCCAAACUGAAAGAUCUCCAAAACAAACAGAAAGAUGAAAAACACAUUCAGAAGAAAUCCGAUGGAUCUCAGUCUCCAGAACGAACCGAAUCUCCCUCUUCAAAAGACCAGGUGGAAAUGUAUUAUGAAGCCUUUCCUCCUUUAUCAGAGAAACCUGUUUGUCUCCAAGAAAUCAUGACGGUCUGGAACAAGGCAAAAACCUGCGCUUACUCAAGUUCAUCAUCCUCUGCAGCCCCACAAACCAGCACAGAUACCUCCUCCCCCAAAGAUUGCAACAGUGAGGGCGAAGCUACGAAGGAGCGGAACCUCGAGGCAUGUGGAACCAUCGCUACUGUGACCUAUGAGCGAGGCCAGCAACGGCGGAGCAAAAAGGAGAAGGAAAACAGAUACCAUAGCGGUGCAGCAGCAGAGGACAAAUCUACUGGGCACUCUAAAAGACAGAUCCGACACAAAUCCGAAGGCAAAUACCGACCCAGGUCCUGGUCCUCUGGCUCUAGCGAGGCAGGCUCAAGCUCAAGUGGGAACCAGGGCGACUCCAAGACAUCGAGAAGCAAGACAGUUAAAAUAAGGCACAAAUCCAGGGAGGCUGCAAAGAACAGAAGAGCAUUCAGCAGUGGGCAGGCAAAGCUGCAGAUGAAGGUUAUUGACAAAGAGGAGCGAAGAAACACAGGGGGGAGUAGUAGCAGCGCAACUGGCAGCACCGCCAGACAACCACUGCAUUACAAGAAGGGGAAGAGGCUGCUGAAGGAGAUCCGUAAAGAUCCAUGUUGGAUGGAAGCAAAAGAGUCCGGAGUUGAGGCUAGAAAUAAAAAGGAAUACAUGGAGGAGCCACUUUGGUACACAGAGCCCAUUACAGAAUAUUUUAUACCUUUCAGCAGCCGGCAAAGCAAGCUAGAAACAAAAUAUCGUAGUAGUAAGUUAGACUCUCUGGAUGGCUGUGACUUUUCAAGUGAUGUACAUAGGCUGCCAGAAGAAAACGAGGGAAUCUGCAUUGCCAAUGAGAACUACCAGAGAGCAUACCUAGCAGCAGGGUCAUUUGUGGAUGGACACUUUGUGGAAGGGCUUGGCGAAGAAGAAGCGGCUGAUCUGGCUGGGACUUCAAGCUGCCCUCAGCCGGAGGAUGAUAGAGAUUUAGAUGGCAAGCAUCUGUUUGAAUUUACUCACUUCUAUGAAGUUGAUAUUUACCAAUCCAUAUUGGAUACUAGUGCCUCAGACUCAAUACAGGAGAGUAGGAUCUUAAACAUGAUUCGUCAAAAAAGCAAAGAGCAAGGAGAGGUUGAGGCAGAAUGUUGUUUAGUGCUAGAUGGACUUGAGCAGCAAGGGAAAAGUGCAAUACGGGCAGAUUCACAGGAAGCUCCGGGACCUGUUGAAUUUUCACUGGAGGAUCUGGAAAACAUGGUUCAAGUGUGGGGAUGCUAUUCACCGUCCACUUCAGAAGAGAUCGAUGGAGAAAGCUUCAUAGGAGACUCUCCCAUCCAGCUCUCCCCUCUUCCUGAUGGUGAUUCCUUCCCCCAUAGCAAGCUGUCUAGAAAUACGGAGGAACCGCCCGUUCCUGAAACUUCCAGUGAACCAUCGUGUUUGACCUCAUCCUGCUUUCCUCUGUUUGAGCUUCAGUAUGAAAGCCCCACUUUUCCCUUUCCCCAUGAGUCACUCAGCAUCGGUCAUGAAAACAACACAGAUUCUAAUAGCUGUCUCGAGCCACAUCCUAAUAAACAGUCUCGUUUGCUAAUAUGGACCAAAAAUAGUGCCUUUGAUGAAACUGAACACUGUUCUAACCUAUCAACGCGAACUUGCAGUCCAUGGUCACAUUCAGAGGAGACUCGGUCAGACAACGAGCAGGGAAAUGCUACGGCAGAGGAUUCCGCUCAACUUGGGAUCGAUGAGACUGAUUGUGUAAUCCCGCCCCUUCCUGGUACAUAUCUAGAGGAUGAAAUCCUGGAUUUUUUGCAAGAAGACUCUGGCAAAAGGUGUGAGGAGACCAGUGUCAAUCCAGCAGCCAAUAAGCCAACCUUCACAAAGAAAUCUAAAUUGGAGUCCGUAUGUGGUAUAGCACUGGAAGAGGAGAAAAGUGGACAGUACAGCAGAGACAUGUUUUUGGACAACGCAAACCAACAAAGUGAUGAUUACAGCUCAGGGAUAAUAAAAGACAUUUGGACUGCAAUUGGAGAUGGCAAAUCUGCAAUGUCCAGGCACGAAGCAGAAAAGACAAGGAAGGGUCUCUUCUCUGACGAGCCAGGCACUUACUGUCACAGCUGUUCAGAGGUCCAGACAAAAGGAGCGCCGAUACAGGGAGCUCAGAAAAAAGCUGUGCAGCGGUCGGAGUACCACCUCUGGGAAGGCAAGAAAGACGAGCAGGACUUGGCCAAAGGCAAGCUCUCCAAGGUAGAUGGUGCUGGGGAUUACAUGACUCCGUCCAAGCCUUGGGACUUAAACUCUGACAAGGAGAAUACAUCCUUCAUCCUCGGAGGAGUGUAUGGAGAGUUAAAAACAUUAAGCGGUGAUAAGAAUUGGGCUGUUGUACCACCAGGCGGCACGCAGAAUAGUCUGCUACAGUGUGCCUCUGCUUCCUGUUCAGAUAUGCUCACCAUCACCGGCACAGAUGUGUUCAUGAACACAGGCAGCUGCUUUGCUCCCGGCCGCAGGCCCCUGUGGAGGCCCCUCGUGUCUUUCGGGCAGAGCGAUCAGGCUAUUAAAGGAGGUGGAGAUGGAUUGAAUAAGGGAUUUUCUUUGAUCUUCCAUGAAGAUUUGCUGGGAUCUUACAGAGGCUUGCAUCGCGAGGAGCAGGGUUUAGAAUAUCCAUUUGCAUCCUUUAACUUAAACAAUCCCUUUUCUCAAGUCCUCCAUGUUGAGUGUUCUUUUGAGCCCGAGGACAUGGCCUCUUUCAGUCCAGGAUUUAAGCCCAAAUCUAUUCUUUGCUCGGACUCUGAGAACGAAUCCUUGAACUCGCGACUAUAUGGCAUCAACCGGCAACAGUAUAGGGCCAUUCGCAUUUCUCCAAGGACUCAUUUCCGACCGAUAUCGGCCUCAGAGCUGUCUCCUGGUGAAGUGAGCGAUUCGGAGGCUGAGACUGACAAAGAAGAGGUUAGUUUUCCCGUCCUGGCCCCAAUGGAUGUUUUCGAGGAUCCUCAGGCAGACCUUAAACCUCUGGAGGAGGAUGCAGAGUGCGAGGGCCCUUAUUAUGGAAAGUCAGAACUGGAAUCUGGGAAGUUUUUACCUAGAUUAAAGAAGUCUGGCAUGGAGAAAAGUGCCCAGACCUCUCUGGAUUCACAGGAGGGUUCUAGUGCCCUCCCGCCUAUCGCUGAGCAGGAUAUUUGCUUAGACUGCAAAACAGCAGCAACAGCAGCAGCCGCAACAAGUGCAGGGAGACAGCUAGACGUCUCAGUUUGCAAGAUUCAAAGAGAGGAAUCUUCAGGAGAAAAGCAGUCCUGUUUAUGUUUACCAGCAGGUCAGAUCCCCAAAUACGGGAUCGCUUAUGACUUUGUUGGUGAUAUUCCAGAGUUUUCUCUGUUAAAUAGAAGUGAACAGGAAGGAACUGGCAACCAGCAGGAUGAGUGCUGGUGGCAGAACACAAUCUGUUCCCCUCUUUUCCCUGGAUCUCAGUGUACAGGGAGCAACAACAUUUGAAUUCUCCAGUUUUGCAGAAGACACCUGCCAAGAGGAGAAAGUCCUCUACCUUUGUGACUGGAUGUGUACCAGCAAAGAUUCAGGGUCAUCUCAGAGCUGGAAAACCUAAUGUAGGCUAAUUUUCUGAGACACCUCUUCCAAAAAAGGAGGGAAAAAAAUCCAACACAAAACCCUGUUGGUUUUCAUUUACUAACUUAAAAACGUUGUGUAAUCAACAAUCAGAUCAACAUAAAGAGUAAAAAUAGGAACGCUCAGAAACAUGUUUUUUUUUUUUUGUUGUUGUUUUUUUUGAGUGAUGCCAUGAGCAGACAGGCUUUUUUGUUUUUGUUUAAGUUGAUUGCUCAUUACACUGGUCCUCAUUCAAGUCUCGGAUAGCUGGUAGGGACUGUUUUUCUUUUGGUUCUGUACCCAUCUGCUUUCGUCCCCGCCUUCUGAGUUUGAACAAAGAUUCUGGUGGCGUCUGAAUGGUUGUGCAUGUAUGUUUGUCCAGCUGGUCCCACUCCUCUUUGGUUAAAACAAAUGUGUGAAAUGAUUGCGAUCGCAUCCUCUACUUUCCAUCUUGAGUUCAGAAAAAACAAUGUUUGUUGUUUUUUUGAAGAUAUGUCAGUAUUUGAGAAUUUAAUUUAUAUAGCCUGGGUGACAUUCUGAAUGUGAAGUAGAGAAUGUGUGCAGCCUUCUUCUAAAUAUCUGUAAAUUCCCCAUGUGUGAUAAGUUAUAAGAUUUUUUAUUUUUUUUUCCUUUUCAAAAGGUAGUAGUAGACAGUGUGGUUUGUGAGGCUAAAACAUUUAAACAAAAAAAAAAUAACCAGAAAACAGAGUUUCGUUGGCAAAAAAUACUAAUAAUCUACUUGAAAAUAUAAUGCUGUACAAUUUUUUUUUUUUCUUUUUUUUCUUUUUUUUUUUUUUGGGGGGGGGGGGGGUCUGGAAUUAAAUUUUGUUUUGGUUUAAAAACCAUCACAAAAAGACAUGGCUACAACCAUUUCUGCGACACCUGUGUUGCAGCUAAAUGAAGCUUUGUUUUUUUUUUUUAAUUAUUUGGUCAUUUCUGUGGUACAGACUGUUGGUGCUAUAAAUAUGUUCAGAAAUCUCUUUGAAGUUGCAGUUUCAUAAUAUGGCAGAGAUAAGUUAUUGACUGUUUUGUUUGUAGUCCAUACAGUCGGUGUCCAUGAAUAUCUAUUUAGGGAAAUUUGUGAAAAGAAAAUGUACGCCUCAUUGCAGUUCUUGGUUAAUGUGGCAUUGGUUUGUUUAUUUUAAGGCAACCUUUGAAAUGUCAAGCCUUUAACAACUGAAGCAGUGAUACCUGCAUGUAUGUAAGUCUAAUGUUUUAAGUUCUUAGCCCUUAACACAAAGGAUAAAAUCACCACCGAUUAUCCAUUUGGCGACGUUUCAGAUUUGUAGUAAGAAGUGGUGGGUGAAUUUCAAACCAAAAACAACCUACAACUACAAAUGUAUUUUUUUUUUUUUCAUAUGAAAUGCUUUUAUUUUUUCAGGUCUAGAAUAUAUUUUAUUGAAAAUUCAUCGUCUCAACAUUUGUGUAUAUGGUGACACAGAACGUGUGAAGGCCCCUCUUUAGAUUGAGCGAACUAAGAGAAGGUGAAUGGGUCUGUAGUCGUACAAUACAUUUACAAGAUCACUAAUGCCUUAGUGCAGUGAAUACAAUUUGAAAUACCUGCUGGGAAAAAAAAAAAAAAAAGAUCUAUAAAAACAUUUAGGUCUGGUUUAGCAACCUUACUUUUGGAUCUUGCAUUUGAAAACAAAAUUGAAUUAGAGUAAUUUUCCCUUGUGUUAAAAGUAUUUUUCUAUAUAAUUUAUUUUUUCAAAUAGGUUAUAAGGAUAGCAGCAGUGCGGUUCAUCGUCACAACCUACCAGAAAAGUAAAGCACAGAUAACUAAAAGCAUAUCUCUUUUAAAGAUGAAUUAAAAAUGCCUGGUCACUGUCACAGGUGAAUGACAUUACUUUUGGCAUGGCGUUGGAAAUUGCUUCUGCUUUGGUAAAUAUAAAGAUUUUUAAGGCCUUUUGAGUCCGGUGUUACUUCAAUUUUUAAAGGACUCCCAAAAAAUGGAACAAAACAUUCUCAACUUGAGGAUCUCCCAGUUCGUUGACAGCCAUUGAGGGUUUCUUAUUAAUAAAAACGUUACCUACAUCCCAAUUUAUGAAGGUGGAUUAUUAUCAUUAUUUUAUCAUAUUUUGGAUUGUUGAACAGAAAUUUACAGCUUUUCUUUCCAACCAAACUGCUGAGGUAACUCGUAAGUUUAGAGCUAUAGUUUUAGAGAGGAAAAGAACUAGGCCAAUAUAGAUUGCUCAAACAAUGCAGAGGGAAAUUCUAGAGCCCUAAGUUCUAUGCAAUACCUUGAUGCAUGCAAACACUCAACGAGUAUAAGGACAAAAGUCAUGCAAUGUUUUGCAUGGGAAUUACUUUUGAACAAGGGUUACCUGAGAAAACACUGUCCAAAGCAUGCUAACACCCACACACCAUCUCUUGAGUGGGAUUUAACUAAUUUUAGUUUUAAAAAGUCAAAAUUGAGGUUAAAUCAUAGAGAGAAUGUGUUUGUUUUUUUUAUUAGAUGUGUGCACGAAACCCAGUGACAGAAGGCACUUAGAUGGAAGGUAUUGCCUCAUAUCUUUGAUCAUUAAACUCUUUUUUUUUUCAUUUUGAUUGGCUCAAAAACAGAGAAAAACCAUGUAUGAGGAGAAAAUGGUCAGUUAGGGUAUAUGUAUUUGGAAACACAUUGACAUGGUUGAGUUUCUAUUGCACUGUGGUCUGAAGAACAUAUCCAGCACUGUAAAGUUGGUUAUUUUUUCUCCCCCCUCUAUUCCUCCCAGAUGAUACUCCUACAGCCUUCCCUCUUCCACUUUGUUCCUGAAUCCCAUCUGUCUUGAGUAGCAGUGUUCUAAUUUCAUGUGCAUCCUGAGUAAAUUAUUUCAUUUCAUUGUGGAUUUCUUAACAUCUAAUAAAUAAAUAAACCAAA